CCGCUUCAUCAUCCAUCAAACCGCAGAACGCUUCUCCCUCUCGUCGUUUCUCUGCUUACACCAUUCGUCCCCGUUAAACUGGGUCCCCACCCACGUCCGUCCGCCGACGGAAAAUCUGAGAGUCCUAACAACUCCGAAUCUCUCGAUCUCCGUUUUCGGCGACUGAGUAUAACAAGAGGAGUACCAUAGAGUAUCUCAUUUACUCUUUGAUUCGUAUUUAGGAACGAUGCCGAACCCUAGGUCUCACAGGAAGGGGAAGCUUGCGGAGAAGUCGUCUUCGUUCCAUGGAGAGAGUUCGACUAAGACGGCAACGAUGCUUCGGAGGCCGAAGACGGAUCCGGAAUUGUUGUCUUUCAAGAAUCUAGGUUUAUCGGCGUCGGCGCCGUCGCUGGAUGGACGACCGAAGAUGACGAAAUUACUCCUCAACGUGACGAUUCAGGGAAGUUUAGGUCCAGUACAGGUGUUGAUGUCGCCGGAGAUGACCGUGGCUGAUCUUGUAUCGGCGACCGUUCGUCAAUACUUGAAAGAAGGCCGCCGGCCGAUUUUGCCUACUGCAGAUCCUUCUGCUUUCGAUCUUCAUUACUCGCAAUUCAGCUUAGAAAGUUUAAACAAGGAAGAGAAGCUGAUCGCCUUGGGAUCUAGAAACUUCUUUCUGUGUCCUAAAAAGUCAGACGAUAACAACGAUUUAAUCGCUUCUUCUUCAUCUUCUUCGUGCUCGAAAGAAGCUAAAGAAAGCGCGAAGAGUUCCAGCAGUUUCAGUUGGUUCAAAUUCAUCGAUUUCCGGAUUUAGAAACCCCCACAAAACGAAUCUAUUCAUACACACAUAUUCAAUCCGCCUCUGUGAAAAAUCAUCUUCAAAUUCUCUAAGCCAUAUAAGUUUUCGAAUUAUAUCUUCAAUUCUAAGAACUUCUUAAAGCCAAUUUGAAACAUCAGAACUCGAUCGAGCAAAGGGAAAGCGAAGAUUAUUUCUGGAAUUCUGUUCUUCGUUUGCUUGCUCUGGAUCGACGCAGGGGAAAUUUUCAAUAUGUAUAUACAAUAUAGUUUGUGCGAGAUUUCGGUUGGUUGAAUAGAAAUUAUGUAAAUUUUUUUUUUGUUAGAUUCAUGGAUCAUUUUCUUAUAUUAAUAAAUUUCCAGAUUCGAUGAGUAGAGUCACGGCAGGAAAAAAAAAAUCCUGAGAUUCCGUGAAGGUUAAAGAAACUUCGUGAAAAUAAAUUGUGGUGGAAAGGAAACUGACGGUUUAGUUUUGAUAUGGAAAGAGAUACGUUUGUGAAGGACACAGUUACUGUAUA